AUGGAAGCAGAUGUUAGAGCAGGAGAUAUUUCACCAAAGUAUCUUAAAAAAGGAGGAGGUAAAGCAAAGAAAAAGAUAUCAAGGGAGACAAGUGUUCCACCUGGGAGUGGAGUUCAUACUAGAAGGUCUGUUAAUACCAUGGAAGCUUUUACAAGGUUGAUAAAACUGAAUCAAAGAUACCAUUUUGGUUUUAUAGGCUUAAUGGAACCUUUUCAAGAUCCAGACAAGAUAGAGGAAUAUAGAAGAAGAAUUGGAAUGGAGCAUGCAAUAGUUAAUAUAUUUGGUAAGAUUUGGGCUUUUGUGGAAGAUAUAUUUGACUAUCACAUAAUUGUGGAUCAUCAGCAGCACUUAUCCAUUAAAUUAAGGGUUAGAGGAACUCAGGAGGAUAUGCUAGUGUCACUAGUUUAUGCAAAGUGCACUCAAGCUGAAAGAUUGGAGUUGUGGGACUCUCUGGAGGAUUUGUCUACUUCAGUUGAUAUUCCUUGGAUGAUUGGGGGUGAUUUUAAUGCAAUAACUUCAGAUGAUGAGAAAUUUGGUGGUCUUCCAGUAACCAUCAAAGAAAUACAGGAUUUUAGAGGUUGCAUCCAGAACUGUGGAAUGUCAGAUUUGGGAUUUAGUGGUAGUAAAUUUACUUGGUGUAAUGGCCAAAGUGGUGAUGAUUGUUUCAUAGAGUUGAUUAAACAAAAUUGGACAACUGAUUUUAUGGCAAAUCCUUUCAUACUUUUUCAUCAUAAACUGAAAAAGGUGAAAGCAGCUUUGGUACAAUGGAGUAAAGCAACUUUUGGGAAUAUAUUCCAAGAAAUUGAGGCUUUUGAAGAGGUCAUUAAGGUGAAAGAAGCACAAUUUCAGAGUUUUCCAACUCCAACAAAUAGACAGGAAUUGCAUAAAGUUCAGAGGAGAAGGAAAAGGAUGCAGAUAAGAAGAAUUCAAGGGCCCGAUGGGAAUUGGAUAGAAGAAGAAGAAGAGGGAAUAAUUGCUGAAGCCAUCAGAUGCUACACUUCUCAAUUUACAAAGGAAGAAGAUCCAAAAGAUUUUGAAAUUCUAAAUCACUUGCCCAGAAUGAUUUUUGAGGAUGAUAAUUAG